GAAAGAAAGAGAAGUCGGGCGAGAAAUGCGACGGAGACGAGGACGCGGAAUGCAGGAAGAAAAAUUCGGAACGGCAGAGCUGCGCGACGUGGCGCAACGCGACGUGAAGCGGAGCGGAGCGGAGCAGCGCGCAAAGCCGUAGGACGGAACGCGCGGGGAUGGAGAGAAGGCGCGCGGCGGAAAAGGCAGAAGGCCUCGAGGAAGGAGGAGGCUGACUGAUCGCCGCCGGAGUAGAGGAGAGAGAGCACGCCUGCGCGGAAUCCCCGGGCGGGCGCGGGCAGUGCCACCGGAGGCCCGGCGGUUUCAGAGCUUCGCCCGGGACGACGAACCGCGGACGAGCCGAGUACGGGAAACCCGGUCGCGUUUCACAGUACGACCGACCGAUCCACACCGAGUAUACCGUGCGUCCGUACAACGAGGGGUACAGCCGCGGGGUAAAAGAAAAGGAGGUGGGGAGGGGUGGCCCGAUUGAACGCAGGCAGACCGCUUCGUGACCUUGGUGCGCGCGACACUUUACGUCUUCUUCGGGAGUAAUAAAGAGAAAUUUUAUCGGUUGCAAAUCUCUUGCAAUCAGGGUUUGGUACAAGAAGUUUGUACGGUGAAGUCCCCGCGCGCGAGACCGCCCCACAAAUUAGACCCUCGUAUCUCGGCUUCGUUCCGCGUCACUUGCAACAGCGAGAUAAUGUGAUAUAUCGGAGUGUUUGAAAAGAAGAAAGAGAAGAGAAGUAACUCGGAAAACGAGAGUAAAGGAAAAUCGGUGGAUGCACAACAAGAGCGCAACGGGGGGGUUGCAACGAGAGGGUUGCAACGACGAGUAACGCGGGAGUAUGCGCGGGUCCUGGUAGCACCGGCUGCUGUUGGAGGAUGAACGGGACGACGACGGAGGAUUAUUAAGUGGAGGAGCGCCGAGAGAAAGAGGUGCAUCGCGGUGUUCCAUGAGAUGUCAGUGGACCCGUUAUCGGGGACAGUUACGCCGUCGUCGUCGUCGUCGCCGUUGUUGUUGUCGUCGUCGUGAUCACCAUGAGGAGGUCCUCCUACGUCAACUACUACGUCCUGUGCCUCGUCUGCUGGAUCCUACUAGGCAUUACCGGGGUAAGUACGAGAUCUCAUUCGCUGGUGAAGAGAUUCGACGGGAUUUACACGGGGCCUUACUUCGACUCGAACACUCCAACGAAUAUCACGGCGCAGUUGGGCACUCAUGCUUACCUACCGUGCAAAGUGCGGCAGCUUGGUAACAAAUCAGUCUCCUGGAUCAGAAGAAGAGACUCGCAUAUCCUCUCGGUGGAUAGAACCAUGUUCAUUCCGGACGAAAGGUUCCAAGCGAUUUUCGGGGAGGCGGACACGUGGACGCUGCAGGUGAAAUACGUCCAAGCGCGCGACGAAGGCGAGUACGAGUGCCAAAUCUCGACCGACCCGAAGAAGAGUCACAUCAUCAAGCUCAACAUCGUCGUGCCAAAGAUCGAGAUCUUGGGGGACCGUGACAUGUACGUGAAAACCGGAAGUACAGUCGCAAUACGAUGCGUAAUAAAGCAGUCCCUCGAGGGCCCGUUCUACGUCUUCUGGUACCACGAGGGCGAUCGCGUUCUAAAUUAUCAGCUGGGCAAGAUCGACAUUCAGACGAAGAGGAUCGAGCAGGAUACGGUGAGCAGCCUAGUGAUCCACAACGCGAGAGGGGAGGACUCGGGUAACUAUACUUGCAGCCCGAGUAACUUGGAUAGCGCGAGUGUGCAGCUGCAUGUGCUAAACGGGGAACACCCCGCGGCUAUACAGAGGGGCAUCAGUUCAGCACCAGGUGGCUGUCCCACUCUAUGGUGGCUGGCAGGAGUGGUGACACUGUACUCGAGUCACGGCAGUCGUCUAUUCGUCCUCGUUCUUCUGAUCCUUAUGGUUCUCUACUCGAAAAAUCCAUCUUACAUUGCGACGGAACGAUAAUCAGGCAAGACCGCAAGGAUGGUAUACGCGUAUAAUCGAUUAUCUCCUGCUACGAGACCCCGGCUACCUCGAGAAAAGAGAUCCUCGAUGUUGCGGACCGAUUUUCAGAGAUCAAGGACAAAAAGGGCGAGGAUGAAAGGAUUAGGAAGAUAGAGGGUAAUAUACGAGAUAAAGAGAAAGAGAAAGAUCGGAGGAAAGAAUAAUGAUCCCGGAGAGAGGUAGUAUGUUUUUUCUCCGUACGCGUGAAGUAAGAGUUAGAGGUUCAUCUCGAUUAUCGAGACAGUGAUCCGGCCGUUAGAAAUUAGGAAUUAGUUUAUUAUAUGAAUUCUUGUUAAAUUGCUGCGAGAAGCUAUACGUGCUGGAGAAGCUACGAAAUUUUUGACGUUGUCGGAAAUAUAAAUUAGGUCGAGCUUGAACAACGGGUAGUUCGUGAACGUCUUGAAAACUUUCAAUUGAAAAUCCGAGGCGAGAGCUGAUCAUUUUAUUUAUUCAAACUUAUUACAAUCUAUUUACUUAGUCAUGCCCAUUAGAAAUUUUAUCCAAAUAAAAUAACGUUAUUAUGUUCUUAUUAUCGUUGCCGAAUUAUUAUAACAAGAUAUUAUUGAGUUUAUUUUGUUUUUUUAAAGACGCAUUUUUACAUUUGUAGAAUUGUUUCACGUAUUUCCCGUUUGUUUAGCCCGACAAGGUAGAAAGUUACGAAAUCUGAAAAAAUGAACGCCCGAAAAACGAUCACGAUCGCGAGAUCUUAUCGCGAGGGCGUUGGGUGGUUUCGUAGCACCCAUUACAGGAACAAGAAAGCGAUAACGUGACGAGAAAUUUAUAGAAGGAAGAGAAACGAUGGUAGAGAGGAGAGAGGAGAGGGCAAGAAAGAAAACGAGCGAAAGAGAAACAUCGAUGAGCGUCGACGUAGAGGAAGAACCGUCACGAGACUGGGGAAAAAGCAGAAAAACUUCGUCCGCGCCACUCGAAUAGAAUUGAAACUUGUUCGAUGAAUUUUCGAAAUGCGAUAUAAUUAAUUAUAUUCGAUAGCGACCGAUUACAACAAAGCGUGUCUAUACUUGACGUCUACCGCGUGAUCUGGGAUCGUCCUGAGACCGAGCGAUCUCGGCCAUCGUCUCAUAGACGAUUUGUCGAUACGCGCGCCGAAAAUAAAAUAGAAUCUUCUUUCAAAUUUAUCUGUCGGAGAGACUAUUCCAGGAUCGUAUGAAAAAGCAGGCUUGACAAGAUGGGGAAAGGAACAAGGAUCAAAGUGACCCUAUUAAGAAAUAAAAAUGUUAUUGCUAUUAAUAACAUGACGCUAGUACUCGAGGUAAAGAAUUCAUAUCAAACACACGACAAAGUUUUGCCCAUAUCAAAUCUCCCAGCCACGAUAUUUCUGAUAUUUCCAGCCAAAUUUAAAACGAGUAGUUGGAAUAAAUUAUUAAAUUUAUACAGAGAGAGAAUUUUUAUCCGGGCUCAUCGAUCGCGCGAGUGAGAUAAAACGGGGGUAUCAUGUUGGAAAUUAUCAUUGCCUCUAUAAAUACUUGACCGUUGUCAAAGGCGACAGGUGUCUCGAGACGAUCCGCGAUGAAAAUUUUGGUAAUUAAAGCGCAUUGAGUAUACACACGUUGAUCAAAAUAUAUCAUACGUCCGUACAUGCACAGGCUAAACUUACCGCGACGCGGGCCGUACAGACUGCCGCAUUUUCCACUGACUGCUCCUUUACGCGUCGUCUCGCGACUUCGGAAAUAUCGCGUUUUUUUUUUUAUAGAAAAUCGAAGAUUUUCCCUUUAGGAACGAAGAAUAGAAAAAUGAAAUACUGCCGAUACGCUCAAAAAAAAAAAAAUUAAAUACUGCCGAUAAAGUCUCUUUUUAAUCCUUGGGAGGUCCUCCCAAAUAUAUCACAACCUUUUCUAUAUUACACGUUUAUUCACGUUGGACGACGUUAAAGGAAAGGAGACAUUUGUUUUAUAUAAAAUUUACAUAAACGUAUUAUUACGUAGGGUGACACGACAAUUUCACGCGUAUUCUAAAUCGCAUAUUCAAAUCCGCCUUCGAUGAAUUUCUUUCUCUUGUACGAGUCGUCAAACGUCUCAUCAUAGCAAUAGGCGAGUACUUUCGACAAAUACAUUUUGAUAACGCAUAUUUUCAUAGCGGUUCUUUGGCCCGCGGCGUGUCGCCUCUGAGCAUGAUCGGUUGUAUAAUUUAGCGGAUGAGCGUACGGCUUUCCGGUGGGCGCCUCGCGCGCCUCCCGCGAAUUUGCUUUCUUCUCACAAAUACUAGAGAGGAGGGGAGGGAAUACUGUUUUUUAUUUUAUUAUAUAUAAAUA